AAUUUCAAACCACUGUCUCUGUGAAGUCAGUGAUGUGUCAACCAACAACUCCUUACCGCUAUCAAUAAAUAUUUUCUCUCUUUCCAAACACCCACUUUCCCGGGAUUGCUUCUACUUCACUCUCUCUCUAGAUUCCUGCUUAUCUCUCCCACCGAAACCUAACCCCCAUCAGAAUUAUUCAUUUAUUAUUGAUUCCUCAUUAUAUUAAUGCAAUUAAGUUUUGAGUUUUCUCUGCCUUUAUAGUGAUGGAAUUGCAGGAAUCGCGGGCUGAGCAUCCUGCAAUGACCUUCGAUGAGGUGUCCAUGGAGCGCAGCAAGAGCUUCGUCAAAGCCCUUCAGGAGCUGAAGAACUUGAGGCCUCAACUUUAUUCUGCUGCAGAAUAUUGUGAAAAGUCUUAUCUUCAUAGUGAGCAGAAACAGAUGGUACUUGACAACCUGAAAGAUUAUGCCGUACGAGCCCUUGUCAAUGCUGUUGACCACCUUGGCACUGUUGCUUAUAAAUUAACUGACCUCCUUGAUCAACAAACCUUGGAUGUGUCAACCAUGGAGCUAAAAGUUUCAUGUGUAAAUCAGAAACUUCUUACAUGCCAAACAUACAUGGAUAAAGAAGGUAUCAGGCAGCAGCAGCUGUUGGCUUUCAUCCCAAGACAUCAUAAGCACUAUAUUUUACCUAAUUCUGUCAACAAAAAGGUGCAUUUUAGUCUACAAGUACAGAGAGAUGCUAGCCAGAAUCAUAUUCAAGCAAGACCUCGUAUUUAUCCUACAGGUAAUGCUACAUCAAAAACUCUUUCCUGGCAUUUAGCCUCAGAAACUAAAUCUACCUUGAAAGGGAGUGCAAAUGCCUUUUUGAGCACUAAUGAGCCAGAAACUUCUGGCAAAACUUCCAGAGUCUUCCAUUUAUUGGAUUCUGAAGAGACUAUUCGGACAAGUGGAGGUCCUGCUGGUGGAGGUCCUUCAAGUGGUCCUGCUUCUAGUGCAGUUACACAAUCACUUGGUGUCGUGUGGAGGGAUUCAUCAGAAGGCACCAAGCCAGUGAUGCCAUUCAGGUCAUUUGACAACCGAAACCGACGUCCAAUGGCCCUUGCCCAUCCAGCUGCUCGGAGUAAAAGUGUGCUAUCAGCUUUCUUUGCCAAACAGAAAACACCAAGGAUAUAGACCAGCACUGCCUCAUAACCAUAACUGAAGCAAGUCACAGUUUACCCUCCUCAUAAUCUGAGGGUAUUCACCCUAACCUGUCCCCAACAGUUGAUGCUCGAAAUUGAUUUGUCUACUCUCCCCUCCUUUCAUGGCUGCCUAAUAAGAAGCAAAUAAUGCUUAACAGUCUGGUAAUGAAGGCAAUCACAUUUGUAUACCCAUGAAUGAAUUGCUGUGAUUAAUGACUGCAUAAACUGUUCUUGUGCAGAUUUCACAAGUUGUAGCCAAAUUCUAUCUUAUGACUGAUCAGCAUGUACAUUUAACUAUGUGGUAUUACUCUAAAAAUGGUUUAUCUACCAACAGGGCUUGAUGCUUGAA